UUAGUCCGGUGAGACGCGGACGGUGCUAGUGUACGGGAUUGUUCUCUCCGAGGGGCCUGAAGAGGAAAGCGUUAGCCAUGGCGUCCUUAAUCAGAAAGGUGAUCAGCACCACGAAAGCCCCAGGAGCCAUCGGUCCUUACAGUCAAGCUGUGUUAGUCGACAGGACCAUUUACGUUUCAGGACAGGUGGGCUUGGACCCUUCAAGUGGACAGCUUGUGCCAGGAGGGGUGAAAGAAGAAGCUAAACAAGCUCUUACAAACAUGGGUGAAAUUCUGAAAGCUGCAGGCUGUGACUUCACCAAUGUGGUAAAAACAACUGUUUUGCUGGCUGACAUAAAUGACUUCAAUACUGUCAAUGAAAUCUACAAACAGUAUUUCAAGAGUAAUUUUCCUGCAAGAGCUGCUUACCAGGUUGCUGCUUUGCCUAAAGGAGCCCGCAUUGAGAUCGAAGCGGUGGCUGUCCAAGGCCCUCUCACAACAGCAUCACUCUAAGUGGGCCUGGUGUUUUUCAGUCUGGAAUUUUAAUGUUUUUAAAUUAACAUCUUAAUUUUUAUAAUCAAUGUUGGAAAGUGUAAGACUGACAAAUAUCUGAAGUAUUAUGGAAAUGCCACUUAAUGAUGGCAAAUGAACAUGAAUUAAAAAUGAGAUGAUGGCCCUGGCCAGUUUGGCUCAGCGGUUGAACGUCGACCUGCGGACCAGAGAGUUCCAGGUUUGGUUCCCGCUAGGGGCACGUACCACAAAAAAAAAAAAAAAAAAUUAAGUGAUGAAUCCAGUUACUGAUAUUAUAAAUUUCAUUUAUGUAC